AUGAUUUUCCCUCUGCUGUCAACAGCAGUCCUGCUUCUUCUCCUCGAACCCUUCCUCGCCUAUCUAUGGGACUCUAAAAAGCUUCGGCGUUUUCCAAACGCCACGCCCUUCUCCGCUUAUGAAAAGCACUCUACAAUCAGAAUCGGGCCAAACACGCUAUCUUUCUGCUCACCGAGCGCCAUCCGCUCUAUAUAUGGCCACUCGACACCCUGUACCAAGGGCGGCUCAUACGAAGCCACGCUUGGACCUCAUCCGGGACUUAUUGACGUAGUUGACAAGGAACUGCAUGCCUCAAAGCGCCGGAUCCUGUCCAACGCCUUCGCAACUCGCAAUCUUGAAGGGUGGUGUUUCAAGGUCGCGGAUAAAGUCAGACAGUUUGUUAUCCAAUUUGACCGCAUCUCGCACGGUGGAGUCGAUGGAACUACCGUCCCGGGCAGCGUGGACUUCCGGAAGUGGGCCAAUCUGUUCUCGGUCGAGGCCAUCGCCGAUAUUGCUAUCAGCAGGCGAUUGGGCUGCCUCGAACGAGGUGACGAUCUCGUUACAUUCACAACAGUCCAUGGAGCCAAGAAGCAAACAAGAUUCGUUCAUACUCUACACUCAGCCAGGAGAGCCACAUCGUUUAUUGUCUGGUCGACGCGGUAUCAGCUCUUGAAGGCUGGCCUGGAAACAAUCCCUGGCUUCUUCAAAUCACAAACUGUCGAAGGCGAAGUGUUUCCGGAAAUCAUCGCAUCUCUGCUGCAUGAGCGUGUAGAGCGAUACAAGGCUGGAGAAGACCUGGAUGAUCUAGCUCGUUGCCUCCUGGAGGAUAAGGGUGGACGGUCUCGGGACGUUACCGAGGCACAGAUCGAAGGCGAUAGGAUGCCGGGUCCGAGAGAACGGCCAUUGCACUCACACACGUCAUGUGUUUUUUUACCGAGAACGCCUUUUGUGCUGGAAGCGCUUCGCGACGAGGUGGCAGCCAAUGUUGUAUUCGACAAGGGCGGAGUCGCGACGUACGAGAGCGUGAAAAACUUGCGCUAUCUCCGCGCGUGCCUCGAUGAGUCGCUGCGCCUUCUUCCUCCCGUCUCAACAGGGCUCCAUCGCCUAACGCCCCCCAACGGCCUUACUAUUGACGGCCAUUGGAUACCGGAAAAGACUAUUGCAGUUGUCCCGAUUUACACAGCUCACAGGAACUCGGACCUCUUCCCAGAAGCCGCAGCGUUCCGACCUGAGAGAAGGUUAGAGAACAGUGCAAAAGACGCGCAGGCUUCCUUCAUUCCUUUCAGCGCAGGCACACCGCUGCUGCAUCAGGCGUAA